UGUUACAGGAAGAAAACAGACUGAAUCAGCAUCAUCAAUAUGACAUUGAAAAACAUCCGCAUCAUCUCUACCGCCACAAUUCUACCCAGAAAUCAUCAUCAAAAUGAGUUUGCUCAAAGAAUGGAGCUAACUCCAUGGGAUCUGCAACUCCUCUUGGUUAAUCCUACCCAAAGAGGUCUUCUCUUUCACAAACCCAACAACUCCGGCUUCAUACAACACCUCGAAGCCACCCUCUCCAAAACAUUAGAUAUUUUCUAUCCUCUUGCUGGUCGGCUUUCUUUGAUUCAAAACGACGACAACACCUCUUCCUUUUUUCUUCACUGCAAUGGCGAAGGGGUCGACUUUGUCCAUGCAGUUGUUGAUGAUGGAAUCACGGUGACUGAUAUUCUCAACCCCCUCAAUGUUCCUCACCAUAUACUCCACUCUCUUUUUCCAUUGAAUGGAAUCCUUAAUCUCCAUGGAAUUUCCAAACCAUUGCUUGCAGUGCAAGUCACUGAGCUCGAAGAUGGAAUCUUCAUAGCUUGCACGAUGAACCACUCGGUUGCAGAUGGCACAUCGUUCUGGAAUUUCUUCAACACUUGGUCUCAAAUCUCUCGUGCCGGUGUCGACGAUGAUGACGACGACGUCGUUUUCAAACAAUUUGAAGUUUCACAAGUUACCCCUCCUCUUGUUUUUGACCGUCAGUUUCUCGAAGGCGUUGUUGAACUCCCUGUUCGGAUUCCUUUCUCCAACGACCAAAUCCGUACUCUUAUGGUGAUGAGGUCUACUGAUCAACCGGCAUUGGAACACAGAAUGUUUCAUUUUUCCAAAGAGAGAAUUGCAGAGCUAAAAGCAAAAGCAAACGCAGAGAUGGGGAGUGAUAAGAUCUCGUCUCUUCAAGCACUCUUGGGCCAUCUCUGGGUAUCGGUGACCCGAAACCGCAAUCUUAACGCCGAUCAAGAGGUUGUUUACAUGAUUAUGUUAGGCCUGAGAAAUCGAAUAGAACCGAAAUUGCCAGAGCAGUAUCUGGGAAACUGUGCUACGGCUGGAGUUGUGAAGACCACUGCAGGAGAGUUGCUAAAGAAAGGAUCAGGAUGGGCUGCGUCGCAGAUAAACAAGAUGAUUGCUUCGCAGACAUCGGCGGAGGCAAAGAAAAGAUUGGAGGGUUGGGCAAAAAACCCUAUACUAGUCAGCGCUGGGCAAGUAAUAGAGACUGUAAAAGUGGUUUUUACUGGUAGCUCACAUAGAUUCGAUGUCUAUGGUAAUGACUUUGGUUGGGGAAGACCAAUUGCUGUUCGAACUGGUCCUGGAAAUGCGUCAGAUGGGAAGUUGACUGUGUUUGCUGGAGCUGAAGAAGGAACUAUUGAUUUUGAAGCUUGUUUCUUGCCUGAGACAACGCAGGCUAUGGCGGAUGAUGCAGAGUUCAUGAAGACUGUGGAUGUGUGAUCGAGCUCUUUUUAUUUUUAGAGGAUGUAAUUUGUUUCCAAAAAAAAAAAUGCAGUAGAUAAUUUGUGUUUUAAGCCGCUAAACAAAUAAGAAAUAUAUGUAUAUAAGCCACUUAAUUUUCUUGU